UAUUAUGAUUCAGAAAUGAGAAGAACCUUUGUUUCCCAAAGCUCUUCUUUUUCACUCUCAUACUCAUCCUAGUUGUCACUGUUUCGUGCACCCAACACACCACAACAAGUAACAACACAAGAAGUGCACACAAACGUUAUCCCCUCCCAACAGCAACAACAACAACAACGUCGUUCUCGUAUCGUACGAUUCCCGUCGCUGAAUCAUCAUCAAAAUUCAAAAGCAAGAUCCACAGUUUCCUCUGUUGUCUCUCACACACCCUAAAAAAAUGAAGUCUCUAACGACGCUCUGGCCUAUGGAUAUUCUGAAAACCUCUUCUUUCGUUAGAAUCACCGCCCUGUCACUCUUCUCCUUCACCCUCUUCCUCUUCCUCUUCAUGCGCUUCUCUCCCACCUCUUAUUCUGAUCUCACCUUCUUCUCUUCGACGGCAGAGGCACCCUCCCCCGAGCAAUCACCACCAAAUUCGCCUCCUCCUCCUCCUCCUCCUCCUCCGUCUCCGCCGUUGCCUACGCCGCCGGGAGUGAAAAUAUUCCGUGUGCCGCCGUUACCGCCGGUGGAGAGGAUGGGGGUGCUGGACGGUAGCGGCGUGAUGACGGAGGAUUUCAAGGUGGGGGAGUUAGAUCCCGGUUUCGAGGAAGAUUCUCUAAACGACACCUUUUCGAGCGUUUCAGGUGGUGGGGGUGUGAGGGAGAAGGUGGAGAAGUAUAAAAUGUGUGAUGUGAGAAUGGUGGAUUAUGUGCCGUGUUUGGAUAACGUGAAAACGAUGAAGAAAUACAUGGAGAGUUUGAGAGGGGAGAAGUACGAGCGGCAUUGCAAAGGGAUGGGCCUCAAGUGUCUGGUGCCCCCGCCCAAGGGGUACCGGAGGCCCAUCCCGUGGCCCAAAAGCAGAGACGAGGUUUGGUUCAGUAAUGUACCCCAUACACGUCUAGUCGAGGAUAAAGGCGGUCAAAAUUGGAUAUCAAUAAAGAAGGAUAAAUUUGUUUUUCCUGGUGGUGGAACUCAAUUUAUACAUGGUGCAGAUAAAUACCUGGAUCAGAUUUCUGAGAUGGUUCCUGAAAUUGCAUUUGGUCGCAACACCAGGGUUGCUUUAGACGUUGGCUGUGGAGUGGCAAGUUUUGGUGCUUUUUUGAUGCAACGUAAUGUGACCACUCUUUCAGUAGCACCAAAAGAUUUUCAUGAAAAUCAGAUUCAGUUUGCUCUUGAGCGAGGUGUGCCUGCCAUGGUAGCGGUAUUUGCUACACACCGGUUGUUGUUCCCAAGCCAGGCAUUUGACCUGAUCCAUUGUUCAAGAUGCAGAAUUAAUUGGACUCGUGAUGAUGGAAUUUUGCUUCUUGAGGCCAACAGGCUCCUGCGAGCGGGUGGCUACUUUGUCUGGGCUGCACAGCCUGUUUACAAACAUGAAGAGACCCUUCAAGAACAAUGGAAAGAAAUGGAGAACCUGACAGCUAGCAUUUGUUGGGAACUUGUACGAAAGGAGGGCUAUAUUGCUAUAUGGCGGAAACCUAUGGACAAUAGCUGCUACCUUAGUCGAGACAUUGAUGCACAUCCUCCAUUAUGUGAGUCCAAUGAUGACCCCGAUAAUGUUUGGUAUGUUGGUCUUAAGGCAUGCAUCACUCCAUUACCUAAUAAUGGAUAUGGAGGAAAUGUUACAGAGUGGCCUUUGCGGCUUCAUCAACCACCAGACAGGCUUCAUAGCAUCCAAUUGGAUGCCAUUAUAUCCAGAGAUGAACUCUUGAGGGCUGACACAAAAUAUUGGUUUGAAAUAAUAGAAAGUUAUGUUCGGGCUUUCCGUUGGCAGGACUACAACCUGAGAAAUGUAAUGGACAUGAGGGCAGGAUUUGGAGGAGUUGCUGCUGCGCUGCAUGAUCUCCAGAUCGACUGUUGGGUUAUGAAUGUUGUUCCUGUCAGUGGGUUUAAUACCUUGCCUGUUAUAUAUGACCGUGGGCUGAUAGGAGUUAUGCAUGAUUGGUGUGAACCAUUUGAUACAUACCCAAGAACAUAUGAUCUGCUGCAUGCAGCAGGUCUUUUCUCUGUUGAAAAAAAGAGGCAAAAGUGUAACAUCUCAACCAUUAUGCUUGAGAUGGAUCGGAUGCUAAGACCAGGAGGACGUGUAUAUAUACGUGACACCACACAUGUUAUAGGUGAGCUUGAAGAAAUUGCAACUGCACUGGGAUGGUCAAAUACCAUAAAUGAUGUAGGAGAGGGUCCCUAUUCAAGCUGGAAGAUAUUAAGGUCUGAUAAAGGGUUCUGAAUUGCUCAAUUGUGUCUGUAACUUAUAGAACACCAUAUAUUGGCUCAUGCAACCGGAACAUGGUACUCCACCAGAAAUCUCAUUUUGUGCCAGAAAUGUGGCCAAAACUAACCCAUAAAAAAUUCUGCUAUUUGCCAGAAAUGGUAGUCUUAAUUACAAUGUUGAAUCCCUACUAACAGGUUUUCUUGUAAACACUUUAAAGAACUUGCCUUGUAUCAAUCUCUACAGCAUUACUAGAUAUGUUUAGAUGACUUUUUUUUUUUUUUUGAUAAACAGAUAUUUUAGAUGAUAAUUUUGUGUAUAUGAUUCUAGUGUGAUGUAAGCUUAAGUUAUUGGGUAGAAUGGACCAAAUGCUGGAAAUUUGUUUAUGAUGUGUCAAUAAAGCCUCACUUGUAAUAUGGUCUGUUCCCUUCCCUCCCACCAGCUUGGGGUUGAAAUCGGUUAUGUUUACUUUGUUGUUGUGACAAGAUGGCUGCUUGUUCGAAACCACAAGCAUUUACUAUUAA